UCUCUUUGAGACUUCUUGGCUAGUCUACCCAUAUAUCUGGUCCAAUUACUCUCUUUUCUCUAUAUCUCGCCAUCUUUCUCUUUUUUUCUCCUAAAACAAUAUGAUAAUAACAAACACUCAAGUAAUGCAAGAUGCGGCUCUCGCUUUUCUCAUAUUCUGCAUUGGAUUACAGUUAGUGGUAUGCUUUUUACACCCAGAAUCUCCUCCAGAUGAAACCUACCUUGGGUUGACAUACGAAGCCACCGAUUUCUCUCCGGAACAAGAAUACGAUUACAUCAUUGUUGGAGGAGGGACAGCAGGUUGCCCUUUAGCUGCCACUUUAUCUGAAAAGUAUUCGGUACUUCUUCUUGAGCGAGGUGGUGUAGCCAAUUUAGAUCCGAAUGUUUCAUAUGAAAAUAACUCCUUAACAACCCUACUAACUGCAAAUAACAAAGAUUCACCUGCUCAAAACUUCAUCUCUGAAGAUGGUGUACUAAAUACAAGAGGGCGGGUAUUGGGAGGUACUAGUAUGAUAAAUUUCGGAUUCUACUCGAGAGCCGAUGACUACUUCUACACAAAUUCAGGUAUAGAUUGGGACACCAGUGCUGUCGAAAGAGCCUAUGAGUGGGUAGAAGAUAGUAUCGUAACUCGUCCCAAUCAAUUAGGUAGGUGGCAAGCUUCCACGUUGAAUGCGUUACUAGAAUCAGGAGUUGAUCCUGCAAACGGGUUCACCCUCGACCACCUUCAAGGCACCAAGAUUAGUGGUUCGACAUUUGAUGAUUCUGGAAGACGACAUGGAGCAGUUGAGCUCCUCAAUAAAGCAAACCCUGAAAACUUAAAAGUGGUAGUCCAUGCAAUAGUUGAUCGGAUCAUAUUCUCCACCUCUAACUCAUUAGCGGCUACUGGCGUGACAUACCAUGAUUCAAGGGGCACGAAUCAUGAAGUCCAUGUACGAAAAAACGGAGAAGUGAUUUUGAGUGCUGGAGCUCUCGGAAGUCCACAACUUUUGCUAGUAAGUGGUCUUGGGCCAGUUUCAUAUCUUUCUUCUUUGAAUAUUCCAGUUGUUAGCGACCAUCCGUUUGUGGGGCAAUUCAUGGCUGAUAAUCCUCGCACAGGAGUUAAUGUUUUGGUCCCAGUCAUAUUACCUGAUGUAGGAGUAAGGGUGGUUGGGAUAGCAAAAAGUGGCCCAUACAUCGAGUCUUCUGUAGUCCCUCGACUUACACCUUCGAUAAACUUUAUACCAUUCUUGGGUUCACUUCCACCUUUAAUUAACUUAAGUAUAGUGAUUAUUGGUGGAAAGGUUACAAGACCAUUGUCAACUGGCUCACUACAUCUAAUAUCACCAUUUGAUGUGGACGUUAGCCCAAGUGUUCGUUUUAAUUACUACUCUCACACCGAAGAUAUACUACAAUGUGGUAACGCAGUUGAAGUACUUCGGAAUUUUUUGCAAACUCGGACGAUGGAAGAAUACAAGUUUGGUGACAUUUUUGGUGGAAAGGAUUUCAAAUAUCUUGGGCCAUCAUUACCUGAAGAUCCAUCUGAUAUGGACUCCAUUGCGACUUUCUGUCGUGAAUCAUUGUCUACAUUUUGGCAUAUCCAUGGUGGAUGUUUGGUUAACAAGGUGGUUGAUAGUCAUUUGAAAGUUAUCGGAGUUGAUUCUUUACGAGUGGUUGAUGCUUCAACGUUCUUCAACUCACCGGGAACGAAUCCACAGGCUACACUUAUGAUGUUGGGUCGAUACAUUGGUGUGAAUAUACUUAACGAGAGAGCAGCAGAUGACAUACAUUCUUGAUCUCCAUACAAUUAAAGAUGUAGUUCUUAUAUAUUUGUACACCCUUCAUCUGAUCGUCUAGAACACAUCCAACGUAUUAUUCUUCUGUAUUAUCCAACCCUUGUAUUUGUUCUUGGCCUUAUCCAUGUAUUUGUACUAUAUAUUGUUUCAAUUAAUGAGAAGGGACGUAUGAAAAUUAUAAACA